CAGUGCUGGAAAAGCUGCACAGGCCCCAGGGGUGAACAAAACAUUCGCACUCCAAGCGAAGGCCUAGCUGCUCCGUUGCAGACAUGGAGUACGAGAAAUGCCAAUGCCUUGGGAGCCAGAAUGCUAUCCUCUAUACCCUCCUGAGCCGAGACCAGCGGGAGAGUCGGAGCCCUUCCCACCAGCGCUGCCUGUGCCAGAAACGCCGUACCGUCUGCCUCCAGACACCUCAAGUCACCUGCCAAGCAGCUUCGAACGUCUUAGUGAAGACAGUCAGCUUUGUGAAGAAUCUCCCUUCCUUCCAGCUGCUCCCAUGGGAAGACCAGCUCUUGCUCUUGGAUGGCUGUUGGGCUCCCCUGUUCCUUCUAGGCCUGGUCCAAGAGAUGGUGACCUUUGAAGUCAUGGAGACCCCAGCUCCCAGCAUGCUCGAGAGGAUCCUUCUCCAGGGCCAGUGCAAGAGGCAGGAGCUGCAGAGAGCGCAACCCACCCUGGCCAGUGUCCAACGCCUGCAGGGCAGCUUAAAUGCUUUCUGGAGCCUUGACCUCAGCCCAAAGGAGUAUGCCUAUCUGAAAGGGGCGAUUCUUUUCAACCCUGACAUGCCUGGUCUCAAGGCCUCCGCUUACAUUGAGAGCCUUCAGUGUGAAGCCCAGCGAGCACUCCAAGAAGUCCUGGCCCUUUCCCACCUGGAGGACCAAGGCCGCUUUGCUCGUGUCCUCCUGAUAGCUUCCACCCUGAAAUCGAUCCCUCCGUCGCUUAUUACUGAUCUUUUCUUCCAGCCAGUGAUUGGCAACACAGACAUUCUGCAACUGCUUAUAGAAAUGCUGGUGAUGAAAUAGAUCCAUCGGCCGCAACACCUUGAGUGGGAUCGGCUUCGGGGCUACCCACAACACACUCGGCCUUGUGCUUUGGGCUUCACAAAAAAGAGGCCAUGCAAUUUGAGGCAUGGAAUGGAAGAGGAGAUCGUAAUUGCAGCUGUCUUGCAGGUGUGCAGUGGUCAACCCAGUCUUGUAGGCCUGCUAUGCCUCUCUUUUUGAAGUAGUAAGGAAAGGUACUGCUGCAUGGCAUUGUCCUGGCAUUGCAAGCUGACUUCAGAUCCUGUGCCAAUCUCUACCAGCCAGUCACCAUCACCAGAUGUGGAGUAUGAGCACCAUACAAACCUAUUCCAGCUCAAGGCAAGCUGCUAGUGCACAUUUAUAUUGUAAAUGUCUGUCCCUUUGUAUUCCAGAUUAACUGUUGUAGCUCCCAUCUCACUCAAAGAGAAUCCUGGGAAUCUGGUGAGCCUGUUGAGAAUCCUGUUAGAGAUCCAUUGUCCGUCGUCAAGAACAGUCCCCAGGAUCCCCUAGUAAGAGUGACUCCCAUUUUACCAGUUUGACUAUGUGGUUUAGAUAUGUCGCCAUUCAACAGAUACUCUUGGGACUAUUUUGUUGAGCUGACUGGAACAGAAAGCACCCACGAGCAUCUCCAAAGCACCCUUUCCAUACAACUUAGUCCCCAUACAUCCAUCUUUCCAAAAGCCUCAGGGAAAUAAGCCAGAUUCUGAACAUGCCAAGGGCUAGCUAAUUGGUCUCUCUUUCUCAAACUGUUUCAGGGCUGCACAUAAAUGUCGUAAGAAAGCUUCUGUCAGAUCAGUUGGAAAUCAGAACUCAA